CAAACAUCUUGAUGGUUCAACAGGGAGAGACUGGAGCAGAAGGCGACGAGAAUAGAAGUAUCAUCGGAGGUUUCUCCUUAGCCUCGACACUUGGUACAACUAUUACUACUACUACUACUACUCUUACUACUACUACUACUACUACUACUACUACUACUACAGGUACUGUUGCCAGUUCUGCUGCUGCUGCUGAUGUCAGUGGUGGUGGUGGUGGUGGUGCUCUGUCUAUCCAUCCCCAGUUUUCUUCAAUACAGCAACACAACAGCUCAGUGGUCCUUACCGACUCUUCGAGACCACAGCUUUCAGGCCCAGCACGGGUCAGCAAUAGCAGCCGGAAGAUCUGUGGCCCUGUUGAAGGAGUGCAUCCUGUGGUUGAUACGCAAAUGGGAAGAAGAUGCAUUGGUAACAACAACAACAACAACAAUGAUAAGGUCAGCAACAGUGAGGAUGUUGUUCUUGUUCACUCGGUGGAUGACAGUGCUGAAAAUAUCAGCCUUAUGCACCCAGCUAUCAUCAACAAAGGGGGCGCUACCACAGUGAUGCAGAGCUUACAGCAAGAAGAAGAAGAAGAAGAAGAAGAAGAAGAAGAAGAUAAUGGCAAUGAUGAGGAGGAGGAUGAUGAUGAUGAUGAUGAGGAGGAUGAAGAGGAGGUGGUGAUCAAUAUGUCUAAAGAAUUAAUUAAUCUAUCAGAACACUUCAACAAUGCUUCAGCAACAACUCCACCACCGACACUGCCACCAACAGCGUUGCUACCAUCGAUUUCACUGGACACAACAGCAACCUUCAGUGACCCACUGCAAUCAAGCACUGCUGACCAACACUCUUCGUCCAACAACGAAGAUGAUAAUGAGGAUGAUAUGGACGCUCAGCAUUCUGUCCCCCUGUCCGGACUACGGCCUUCAUCUGCGAUGCAUUCUGAAUCGGAGAGCACAACUUCCACCACUUCAAGACCUGACUUUACAUUUGUCCUGGUGACCAGCAUCGUCCGUGGCAACUCGUUCACCUAUGGCAAGCAGUCAUUCAAGUGUGUUCACUGUCCGUUUCGGACACAUUGGAAGAGUUCCAUGAUAAACCACAUGCGAGACAAACAUCCAGAAAUAUUGAAUCAAGCCCCCUCCACUUCUGUAUCUGAUCUCGGCGCUGUUCCCGUUGGUGACAACCAGAGGCUGAUGAAGAUGUCGGAUUAUAAUAAAUCAAUGGUCAACCGUUUCAAGACCAGGACAAGCUCAACCAACAAGAGAGUACGAAGCAUUGAGAAACAAGACCUCCUUGGGUCAUACCCUUGCACCAAAUGCACAAAGGUGUUUAACAGGUUACGAUAUCUGCGUAAGCACACACAGAUCCGCCGGACAGAUGCAAUGUUCUGUGAGGCAUGUGGAAAGGGCUUCAAGACUCGCACCUACUUGGCUGCACACGAACGCACACACAAAAAAGGAGCAUACCGGUGCAGGCAAUGUGGUUUCACAUCAAAAAUUAAUGCGGCAAUUCAUGCACAUCGUCAGCUGCACAAUGAGGGCAGUGUCAUCUGUGACAUAUGCGGGUUUGCCUACACGGACAAGUCAACACUCAACAAGCACAAACGGGUCCACGACCCCAUCCAGCCAUUUGCAUGCACCUUUCCUGGUUGCACAUGGCGUUUCAAGACCGAUGUAAUGUGCCAGGCACACUUCCGAGCUCACACCACACAGGGAAAGUUCCGCUGUUCAGAUACCUUUUCCGUCACAAGCAUCAUUUACAGCGGCAUGAGCUGA